GUAGGAUCCUACUCCCAGCCUUCUGCAGUAAUAACGCAGUCUCAGAUACACUUUACAGCACUUGGGCGUUCGCCUGCUGCUAUCACGCAUAUUAGUUACUGCUUCUAUCUUGGACCCUGCCAUUCGUCCGCGUCGCGCCGGUCUUUCCUAUCCCGUGCUUCAUGCCGUAAUUCGUCGCGACAUCGACAAUGGGAGAAGAAACAGCGCCAGAUGACACGUCAGCAGGAGCGGAGGCGGCGCGCUUUGUGGUGGGGUCCAAGAUAUGGGUGGCGCAUAAGAAGGCGGCGUUCGCUGCAGCUGAGGUGACGGCAGUGCAGGACAAUGGGGAGACUAUCGAGGCGAUCCUCGUGGAUCCCAAGGGCGACGAGAAGGUCCUUAUCCCCGCUAAGGAGUGCUUCCCUAGGGAGGAUGACGAGGAAAAGGACCCCAAGGACGAUAUGGUGAAGCUGGAUCACCUGCACGAGCCAGGCGUGCUGCACAAUUUAAAGAGGCGAUACGUGCGCAAUGCCAUUUAUACGUACACAGGAACCAUUCUUAUCGCAGUCAACCCCUUCAUCUACCUGCCGGGCCUCUACCACCCCCAGCUCAAGAGCCAGUACCGCAAUGUGCCUCUGGGGCAGCUCAGCCCUCACGUGUUCGCCAUUGCUGACCAUGCUUACAGGUCCAUGAGAGAAGCAGGGCGCAGCCAGUCGGUGCUGAUCAGUGGGGAGAGCGGAGCCGGCAAGACAGAGACGACCAAGCUGGUGAUGGAGUACCUGGCGGGGGCAGGCGUGGCGGAUAAGGCUGCUGCUGCUGCAGCGGGGGCUGCAGGGGCGGUGGGCAUGGGGGGGGGAAGGAGAGGGAGGCGGGGAGGAGGGGGAGGUGGCGAAGUGGGGGUGCCUGCAGCGUCAACUCAGUGUGUGGAGCGAGUGUUGGAGUCCAACCAAGUCCUGGAGACGUUUGGAAACGCCAAGACAAUGCGUAACAAUAACUCCAGUCGCUUUGGCAAGUUCAUAGAGAUUCAUUUCGACAAGGAGGGCAGGGUGACAGGAGCAGCCAUCCGCUCGUAUUUGCUGGAGCGGUCCAGAGUGGUGCAGAUCGGUAGUCCUGAGCGUUCCUACCACUGCUUCUACCAGCUGCUCUAUGGGGCCACGCCCGAGGAAGCAGAGAAGUUUUCUCUGCCCACAGAGGGCGAGCGGGCACAAAACUUUUACUACCUGUCACAGAGCGACUGCUACGAGCUGCCCGGAAAGAACAACAAUGCGAUGGAGUAUGAGCGGACACGCGCUGCCAUGAAUGUCAUGGGGUUCGACCCAGAAGAACAGGUGGGCAUAUUCACAGUGGUGGCGGCCAUAAUGCAUCUGGGCAACUUGGACUUCACUCAGCCUGAAGCCACUGAGGGGGGAGGGGAGCAGCCCCCGCUGGUUGCCAAGAACGACAAGGCAGAGGCUGCAGUCAAGACCGUGGCACGCCUACUUGAGUGCGACGAGGCUGCGCUGUGGGAGUCUCUUGUGACGCAGACGCGCAAGUUCGGCCGCGAGGUCAUCAAGAGCCCGCUGGACCCCAAGAAGGCCGUUGCCAAGCGAGACACUCUCGCCAAGUUCCUCUACUCACGCCUCUUCGACUGGAUUGUCUCGAAGGUCAAUGAGAGCAUUGGUCAAGACCCCAACCCCGCGUCUAUCAUCGGAGUCCUGGAUAUUUAUGGGUUCGAGCACUUCGAAGUCAACAGCUUUGAGCAGCUGUGCAUCAACCUCACGAAUGAGAAGCUGCAGCAGCACUUCAACUCGCACGUGUUGAAGCAGCAGCAGGAGGAGUAUGAGUCCGAGGGCAUAGACUGGUCUCGGAUCGAGUUUGUGGACAACCAAGACGUGCUCGACCUGGUCGAAGGGAAUCAAGGCAUUCUGGCCCUGCUGGACUCCGCCUGCAAGCUAGACAGCUCCACGCCUGAGUCCUUCUGCCAGACGCUCUACAGCACGGUGGGCAAGCACAAGCGCUUCUCCAAGUCCAAGAUGUCACGGGAUGACUUCAGCGUCAAGCACUACGCGGGCAAGGUCAAGUACCAGGCGGAGGAGUUCCUGGUGAAGAACCUGGACGCCAUAGUCCCAGAGCACGAGGAGCUGCUGUCGCGCUCCCACUGCGCCUUCGUGCGCACUCUCUUCCCGCCGCCUGCCACCGGCAAGGCGGGGAAGGCUGUGUCCCUGGGGAAGCGAUUCAAGGACCAACUGGGCGAGUUGAUGCGCACGUUGAACGAGACGGAGCCGCACUACGUGCGCUGUGUCAAGCCCAACAAGGACCUCAAGCCGCAGAAGUUCUCCAACACGCUUGUGGUGGAGCAGCUGCGAUCAGGAGGUGUGCUGGAGGCAGUGCGUCUCUGCUCCACAGGAUACCCUGCCCGGCGAACCUUUGAGGACUUCGCGGCGCGAUUUGCCCCCCUCCUGCCCAGUGACGAGAGGAAGAGGCUAGCAGGGCAGCACAAGGACACCAUCCCUGCCGUCAUGUCCCUGGCAGACCUGCAGGACUACCAGAUGGGCAGGACCAAGGUGUUCAUGAAGGGGGUGCAGCUGGUGACGCUGGAGUCGCUCCGGCUGGACCGCAUGAACCAGGCGGCCAUCAAGAUCCAGCGGGCCGUCCGCCGCUUCCUCUGGAAGCAGGAGCGCAAGCGGGCGGCCAUCGUCAUCCAGAAGCACUGGCGAGCGUACCGAGCCAGGAAGCUGCUGCGCGAGUUGAGGGAGGACGCGGCGGCCAUGGUGAUUCAGAAGCACGUGCGGCGCUUCCUGGUGCAGCGGCGGUUCUGGGAGCUCAAGUUCGCCGCGAUCGUGAUUCAGAAGAACGUGCGCAUGCACCAGGCGAGGACGCAGUACAUUCGGAUGAGGAGGACUCUGGCUGCUGUCGUCAUUCAGCGCUACUGGCGGGGCUACAUCGUGCGCAAGCCAUGGGGGGCCAUGAGGCGGUGCUUGCAAGUGAAGGUGGCUCGAAUGAGGCUGAGGAAGAUGAAGGAGGCCGCUGCCCGGGCGGCUCUGCUUGCUCCUGCGCGCACCAAGGUGGAAGCUUCCAUGGAUGAGCUGCGAUUCACCGUGCUGCGCCGAUUGAAGAAACGGGAGGAGGACAAGCGGAAAGAGACGGAGGAGUCGAUCAAGAAGCUGAAGCAGGAGAUGAGCGCCCUCAACCAGGAGAUCGCUCAGCUAAAAGCCACUCUUAGCAAGGAGAAGCACCGGGCGGAGCGGGCCGAGGAGCUGCUGCGGCUCGUUCCCCGAAGUGUUCUCCACCAGACAGUGGCAGCCCAGGGGCACCCCGCCCCCCUUUCCCGAACGGGAAGCGUUUCCUCUUAUAGCCACUACAUGCGGUCCAGGGGGCCCACGGCGCCCUCAAGCCCGAAGGGGGCGGGGCGAGGAGGAGCGGGGGAGGGAGGCGAGGGCACGGGUGGUGUGCUGAGUGCGGCAGCGGCGGCUCUUGGGGGGGUGCACAGCGUCGGCAGCUUAGGGGCUCCUUCUGAUCCGCCUGAGGUGAAAAUCCCGUCCGGUCGAAGCAAGGGAUGGGGAGCUAUAGCCGCAGCUCGCUCCCUCAAGCCCAGCCCUAGUUCCAAAGGCCCCUCUUCCCUCUCUUCUGGCCUGUCGUCUGCCCAUGCGGUGAACCGCAGUCCAUCGUUUAAGCCACUUUCUCGUGGCUUUGGCUCAGGCAGUGGUGGUAGUGGCAGGCUGCACAGCCCGCUACAGCCGUCGCCGCCACAGCGUCUCGCCGCUACUGACGGUGCUACAGCUGCUGCCGCUGCUGUGAUUGGGGCUAGUGCCGCCGCUACUGGUGCUGACGUGGCUGGUACUGACGUGUCUGCUGCUGAUGUGGCUGGUGCUAACGUGGCUGGUACUGACUUGGCUGCUGCUGAUGUGGUUGGUGCUGACGUGGCUGGUACUGACGUGGCUGCUGCUGACGUGGCUGGUAGUGACGUGGCUGGUGCUGAUGUGGCUGAUGCUGGUGGAAGUGGGCUCGGAGCUGACCUGGACGGAGUGAGGCGCUCCUGGAAGGCGCUUGCAACCUUGUCUGAUGAUGAAUCAACCUCUGCUUCUGCUGGUGGGAGUAGCGCUAUUCCUUCUAAUGGUGCUGCUGCCACUGCUGCCACUGCUGCUGCUGCUGCAGAAGAGGGUAGUAGUGGCCCUGCUGUUCCUGGUGCCGCAACCACAAGCAUCACCCCUCCGUCCGCGGUUCCCAGUGACUCCUGGCAAGCGCCCAGCCGAGGCAGCCGCAGCUCCUCUGCGCUGAUCGGCCCCACCAGCAGCGGCAGCAGCAGCUUCGAGGGAGCAGCAGGGGCGGCACGGAGCACGAGUCUGAAGGACGACCGGUGGGGUGCCACUGGGACCCAAUCAGCCCGCUGGGGCGCGCAUAGCUCUCGCCUGAGCCAUGUAUCCACUGCAGGCGCAGUUGCUGCUGUGGGGGUUUUCAUGGUCGCAACCACGGAGGGGGGGUCGGGAGGUGUGGCGGGAGAAGGAGCAGAAGGAAGAGGAGGAGGAGCAGAAGUGGCAGGGGCAGUCAGAAGUAGCCCGUGGUCGAAGGUGCGUGCGCUGGCGCCCAAGAUUCUCCAACUUGCGCAUAGGGACAAGCGGGAGCAGGAGAGGGAGCGCGAGGAAACGGUGAAGGAGCGGUGGGCUUUAAGGCAGCAGCAGAGGUCGGACUCCAUCGACAUAGGAGGAGCAGGAGGGCAUGGCAUGGGGGGGGGGGUGUCGUGGAGCGGCAUGUUUGCGGCGAUGGCACGGAGUGUGGUGCAGGUGGAGGAGCUGAGGGAGGAGGUGGCGGUGGUGAGGGUGGCGCUGCAGGACACGGAGAGGCGGCUGGGAGAGGCGGAGGAGAGGGCGGAGAGGGCGGAGGGCGAGGUGAGGGAGAAGAGCGAGGAGGUGGAGGAGCUGAGCGGGCAGAUGGGGGUGCUCAUGGAGCGACUCAGGAGCAAGGACAACGAUAUUCGCCAGCUGUCAGAAACCCUCUCCCAACACCGCUCGCAAGCAGCCACUGUUGCAGCUGCUGGCAUAGCCGCAGGAGCAGCAGCAGCAGUGGGGACAGCGGCAUCAGGAGCACCAGCAGCUGCGUCGUAUUCUGCAGCGCCACACGCAGCAGCAGCAUAUGGUGCAGCGCCACAUGCUGCCGCAUCAGGCGGAGCAGCGUACAACCCGGCGCUUGCUCGUUUUGCAGCGGCGAAUCUGGGUCCCCUGCACCCCCCUCCCGGCGCCAAGCCAGGCCCUACUGGCAGCUCCGUCCGCGCCAUCCCCCCCAUCUCCGUUCGCACCCAGCCCCAGCCGCCCACCUCGCCGUCACACCCCCAGCUACCAGCAGCAGCAGCAGGAACUGCAGCAGCAGAAGCAGAGGCAGCAGCAGCACAUGAAACGGCUGUCCGAAGCAAUGGAGCAGUGGUACAGGCAGCGGGCGUGCAGGGUUCCGGACCAGCGGAGUCAGGUUCGGCACUGGCGGUUUGGCGCGUGGCUCGGGAAGCAAGUGUUGCGAGCAUGAGCAUGGGGAGCGCAUCCCAGUCCCUAGCUGCUGUUGAGUACGACGACGCUGCUAUCGCUCGCAUCGAGGAAAGCCCACAGGAGUCUCUCCUCGUUUUCCUCACCACCCACAUCAUCGGCCUUUCCCCCCAGGGCGUCCCCCUGGCCGCCCCCACCAUCUACCGCUCCCUCCUGCACUGGGGCGCGCUCCCCCCCGCCUCCUCCCCCUCCGCCCCCGCGCUCCUCUCCCUGACCGUCCGCCACCUGCAAGAGGUCAUCCUUCCCGAAGAGGAAAGCUUUAUGGAUAUAGAAUCGCAGGUGGAGCUGCUGCUGGCAGCUGGAAGAGGGGAGGGAGGAGGAGGAGGUGGAGAGGGGUUGAGUGGGGCGGAGCUGCCGGCUACUAGGGUGAAUGCGCAGUGCUACUGGCUGGCGAAUGUGGCGUGCCUGAUGGUGCUGGUCGAAGUGGUGUACAAACCCGCUGAGAAACCCAAGGCUGCUGCUGCGGCUGCUGCUUCUUCCAACUGGUUCACUAGCAUGUUCCAGGCCCCUUCUUUCAACGAAGCCUCCCACCAGCAGCACCAGCACCAGCAGCAUCACCAGCAGCAGCAGCCUGCACUAGGUUCAGUGGAGUUCCUCAUGUUCAAGCAGGAGCUGGCAGUGCUGCUGGAUGACGCCUUCCUGGAGCUCAGAGCAGCCGUAAAUCUGGAACUGCAGACUCUGGUGUCUCUCCUAGCACAGAGCCCCACUGCCAGCGCGCAGCACAUGCGCGAGUUCUGGGCGGCGGCGCUUGUCUCAUUGAAGAGCGCAGUGGCGUGCAUGCAAGCCAACCGCGUGCCGGCCGUGCUGGCGCGCCACCUGCUGUGGCAGGUGCUGCACUUCCUCGACGUGCGGCUCUUCAACGGGCUGAUGCUGCGCAGCCACUGGUGCCCCAUCACUCUCGCCAACGGAGAGGCGAUGGAGCAAGGCCUGCUGGCGCUGGAGGCGUGGCUGGAGGAGCACGUGGACCCAUGGCUGCAUGCGGGCAUGGGGAUGGGGAGGGGGGUGGGGAGCAUCGGAGCCGGGACAGCUGCUGCUGCGGGGCUGGGCGGGCAGGGAGGGCAGCAUGGGCGGCUGAUCGACGCCCUUCAGCACACGUACCAGGCGGCUCUGCUGCUGACGGCCAAGCAGAAGGCACGGAAGAGCAUGGAGGAAGUGGUAUCCAUGUGCCCGUCGCUCAACUUCACGCAGCUCACCAUCCUCUGCUCCUGGUUUGAGGACGAGGUCUACGGCUCGCGGGGCUUCGACCGAGCGGUGCUGCAGCAGCUGAGGGGCGCGGGGGAGGACUACGAGUCGGAGCUUCUCGAGGCGUUUGAAGGUCUGCCAUUCACACCCACAGCAGUGGUGGCAGCAGUACCGCCAAUCAACCCCUUCCUCGUGCCGCCUCCACAGUUCCUGCCACCUGCCCCUGCCUUUGACUUCUUGCGCCAGCAACAACUGCAGCAGCCAUAGCAGCUGUAGCAGCUGUAGCAGCAACAGCAGCAGCCGUAGCAGCAAUAGCUGCAGAAGCAACAGCAGCACAAUGUAAGAGCUGUGAAAUGCAGUGGGUCUACAACUUCGGCUGUGCUGCCUGUUGAAAUACAUGGAUUGGCUUACAGACACCAGUUUCAACAGAAUAAUACAAUAUUAGGAAAUUGCGAUACAUAACGAAGCCCGGUGUAAACAAUAUGCACUGCUUGUUAAAUUAUAUCUUAUAUAUAAUUGUAGGCUUGGUAGAUGUUAUUGGAACCUACUGUAGAGGGUACAA